GGAAGGCAGGGGGAUGGGGUAAAAGAGGGUGUGGAAAGGGAGGAAGGUUGGGGGAGGGGGAAAGGAGGAGAGGGCAGGGCCAGACAAGGCACAGGCCCGCAAAGCUAAGCCGAGCGGGUUUUUCCCGUCCCUGCAGCGUGAGUCACGGGAGCUUGUGCGACGACACCAGCUCUCUCCCUGCUCCAGCUCCCUCCCUCCCUCCCUGCUCCAGCUCCCGCUCCUUUUCUGUGCCUGUCCUGCUCAGGGCCUCUGACAUUGCUGUGCUGUCCAAGCUCAGAGAUGAGGCAGCUGCAGGGAAGGGGCUGACGCAUGCACUGCAUCCAUCAAGAUUCAAUUCCAGCUUCCACCAUGGCCUUCCAGCCUCAGCCCCUGCACCCUCCAUUUCCCUGCACCCCCUCCAAUGGCAGUAGGGAGGAUGGGGCUGGGCAGCUGUCUGGUGGCCCUGAGUCAGGUGACACUCGCCCAAAACCUCCGGUCAGGCCUAAACCCCGCGUGCUGCCCAAGCCAGCUGUGCCAGCGAAGCCCUGUACCCCGUUGCCGUCCCUUGGGGUGCGAAACACCCGUACCGAGCUGCCUUCUGCUGAGAAGAUCAACCGCUUGGCAGGUCCUAAGCCAUACGGUGCUGGGGUCAGCAGUGUUGUUAAGCGCCCCGCUUUCAGCCUCAAGAGCUCCAUGGGAGAGGCCACCAAUGGGAAAAGGGGUUCUUCUCCCACACCUGGCGCCAGGGUUCUGGCUUCAGCAGUGCUCACAGCUGAAGAUCUGCCUUGCAUACCAGGGGAGGAAGGAAGGUCUUCUUCUCCCGUGAUGCCGCAGGCUGUGGGACUCCUGGGGACCCGCAAAGUGACCUCUCCCUUCAAGGUGAAACCAGUGCCAGUGGCAACCAAGCCAGAGCGCUUCCCUGGCACCACAGUGGAGGAGAUCCUAGCCAAGAUGGACCAACCUCGCAAGGAGGGGCCGCUCAGCCCUGACAGGGCUUGGGCCCUGCGUUCUUUCAGCUCUGACAGUGGCUCCUACUUCACGCCCAAGGGCUUCACUGCCUUUUGGAGACGUGCCAGCAGUGAGGAGGUGGGCGAGAGUGACACCACCUUCAUCUUUGAAGCUUCCAGGGACUCCCUGCCUCCUGAAGCUCUGGAGAGCAAAGAGCCUCCCAGGAAUGAGUUGGGCUCCCUUCCCUCUUCCUCCUGCCCAUGCCCAAGUUCUAAUGGACAGCACUUGCUCGAGCCCCCAGAUGGAGCAGCAGAGAGCGACUCUGACACCGUGCCUACGACAAGAGCCUCCCCAGCCAGCACCAGCUGUGACGGAGAUCCAUCAGGACACAGAAGGCUGCUGUCCACCCCUGGUGUCUCCCUUCUGCAGAUCUGCUCAGUCCCUGCUGCUGCUGUUGAGCUCCCUGACCAAACAGCCCCUGGCUCUCCUAGUGUUUCUGCCAACCCCUCUCAGGCCCCAGGGCCCCCCUAUAUCUCUCAUGAACUCCUGGCCCAAGCACUGGGCUUCCCUGAUGCCCUUGCUGAACUCCCAGCCCCAGGUGUGCCUGGCAUCCCUGCCAGUGUCACUCCUGGGUCCCCUGGCACCCCUUCUGAGCUUCAGGUGAAGGUUUCUGUUAGUCUUGCCCAGGCCCCAGGUGCCCCUGAUGCUGCAGCUGAGACCUGUCCUGGGGUAUCCCAUUUACUAGGGUCACCUGAGGGUCCUGGUGAGACAUCUCCAGGCAGCAACAGUCCCCCAGCACCAGGAACCCCCGACACCCCCUCUGAACUCCUCCCCAAGGUCACCUCCUCUCCAGGGUCCCCUGAAGCUCCUUCCCAGUCUCUAACCACCUCCAGUCUAGCUGAGGAGCUCCCCAGAGUCUCCCAGUCCCCAGGAUCCCCAGAGGCACCCACCCAGUCCCCAGGGUCCCCUGAUAGCUUGCCAGGUCCUGAACGCAGCUCCCCUCCACUCUCUGGGGACACCAAGCCAUACACAGGCCCUGUGGAGUUGUCCCUGCCUGAUGAUGAGAGGAGGGUCCAGCCCCCGCAGUUGGGGCUCCGGCGCUCCUCGGAAGGGAUAGUGCAGCCGUCUGCCGAGGGGCUGGGCAUGGAAGAACUGGGAGGCUCAUUGGCUGCCUUGUCCCAGGGAAGGGGUCCUCCCUCAGAGCAGUCCUUGGGAGGCGAGUCAAAUUGGAGCCUGUCGCAGUCAUUUGAGUGGGCCUUCCCCUCCCGGGCUCCUGAGUGGGGGGUGAGGAAAAUGGAGUCAUCUCCCAGGUCCCCCAUCAAAGAGGCCAGUGAUUCCAGCAUCUCUGAGGGAGGGGAAUUGGAUGGGGAAGGUUUGGUCUGUCCUGGUACAGCCCCAAGCCCUGAAGGGUCUGGCAUGGGAGCAGAAGAAUUGAGGCAAGGAGACCCCAGCACUGAACUGGGGAGUGAGAGAGGAGAUCAGCCUGAUGCUGGUAGACAUACUGGGAGCACAGAGGCCCCCAGUGAGGUGGGAGAGAUCAAGGCAGAGGAGUCUGGGAGCAGGGAAAUGGUAGCUGGGAAAGCAGGGGAGGCAGAGGCCACGUGUCCUGGUGGCCCCACAGCACAAAGGGAGCUAGCUGUAGCUGAGCUGAAGGGCCCUGGGGCAGAGGGGGACACUCUUCAGGAGGAGCAGGGCACACUGCCGGUCCGUUCUGCUCUUCAUCUGACGGAGCCACUCCAAGCUCUAGAGCAGGCUGAGCCCUCUACACAGCCCUGUGUCCUCUUCUCUGAUACUGUUCACCUGGACAAGGCUGCCUUCUCCUGGGAGGAUGACUCAACACUGGGCCUAGCCCAAGCAGGGCCUGCCCUUGAGAGCAUGGAGGGUGCAAGGCUGGAGCCAGGAGUGGGAGAUGCCGACCCACUGGGGGGUUCUGAGUCCCACUCUGAUCCGUGCUGGCUGGAGGAGCUGCUGGCAUCACCCCCACCCAGUGCUGAUGACACUAAGAGGAAGGUGGUGCCCACACCUGGAGACUCUGAGGGGUCUGAGGGUCUCCUUGGCUGGUCGCGGAAGGACCUGCACAGUGAGUUUGGCAUUGGAGAGGCCCGCCAGGUCAGUGACUUCGACUGGGCCAGUGAGCCUGGCUCUGGGAAGAGAGACUGGCCCAGUGGGUAUGGAGCAAGCGAGACUGAACAGGACCGGGCUUUUGGCACCAGUAAACGCGACUGGGCCAGUGCAUACAGCAUUAGUGAAGCUGAUCGGCAGGAUGGGGUGUUUGGUGUCAACGGGAAGGAGUGGGCCAGUGAGUACAAAGGGACAGAGGUAAUGGGGGAUUCCAGCACUGGGCACAGAGACUGGCCUGACACUUAUGGCCUUGGGGAUGGCCAGCAUCAGGAUGGAGACUUGAGCACUUCCAAGCCAGACUGGACCAGUCAGUACAGCAUUGGCAGCACUGACAGCCAGGGUAUGGAAUUUGGCACUGGGAAGCCAAACUGGACCAGCAGCUAUGGUAUUGCAAGUGGUAACCAGCAAGACGAGGAGUUCAGUUCUGGUAAGCCAAGUUGGACCAGUGAGUAUGGUGUGCGUGAUAUCGGCCAGCAGGACAAGGACUUUGAUGUUGGGAAGUCAGGCUGGACCAGUGAGUAUGCCAUGGGUGACACCAGCCAGCAGGACAAGGAGUUCAGUCCCAGCAAGCCAGCAUGGACCAGUGAAUACAGUGAGAGUGAUGCCAGCCAGCAGGACAAGGAGUUCAGUCCCAGCAAGCCAAGUUGGACUAGUGAGUACAGUGUGGGUGACAGCAGCCAGCAGGGCAAGGAGUUCAGUCCCAGCAAGCCAAGUUGGACUAGUGAGUAUGGUGCGGGUGACACCAGUCAGCAGGACAAGGAGUUCAGUCCCAGCAAGCCAAGUUGGACUAGUGAGUAUGGUGUGGGUGACACCAGCCAGCAGGACAAGGACUUUGGUGUUGGGAAGUCUGGUUGGAAUGGUAACUACGGUGUGGGCAACACUGAACAAAAGGAGAGGGAGUUUUGUACUGGGAAUCAGGAUUGGGCCAGCAAAUAUGGCCUUAGCUGUACAGACCAGGAGAGUGCCUUUUGCAGUGGAAGCAAAGACCAGUCUAGCAUUGGGGAUUCUUGUUGCCUAGGUCGAGAGCCCAGUGCUGAGAAAUCUGGUUGGAGUGGCUCUAAUCUCCAGGAGAACAAGUCUGCCACUAGUAGCAGAGACUGGGCUGUUGAAUUCAGUGUUGGAGGGGCUGAGCACCAGAACCAGUUUGGCAUCAUAGGGACGGACAGGGACAGCAGCAUUGGUUUAAGCACUUUGAAUCCAUCCAGCUCAGCUGGGACUGUUGGUCCAGCAGAGCUCAGAGAGAGCCAGUCUGAUUGGGUUGGUGAAGAGGGGAUUGCUGGCCCAGCGAUGCCCCAAGAGACUGGAACAGGCCAGUCUGACUGGGCCCAGGAUCUUGGCCUUAGACGCCUGGAUAUUUCCAGCAGCUGGGGAGCUGUGGGUUCUGAUGACUGCACAGAGGGUGAAGUGGGACGGACAGACUGGGUCCAGGACCCUGUCACGAGCAGCCAGAAUCCCUCUGAUGGCCAGAGGCCUGAAGGCUUUGAUAUGUGCAGAGAGGAGCAGCUGGACUGGGCCCAGGACUUGAGCCCUAUAUUUGGCAUAGGGAACACAGUUACUUUCAGCAGCUCACAGGCCAAGGGCCUGGACAAGACCAGUGAGGCUGGAGUGGAACGAACAGAUGAGGCUGGUGACAGCGGGAGCGAUGUCAUGGAGCAAAGCCCUGACCUCAGCCUGCACAUUGAGGAGCCGAGCAUAGAAGAUGGUGGAGACUCGGAGGAUGGGGAGUGCUGCUGCUGCGAGGCAUCUGUGGGGAAGUUCCUCCCUGGGCCUUCUGCUGCGGACGUGGAGGACCAUCUUGUGCUCACUCAGUCACGAGGACCUGUAGGCUCACGACUUUCUGGCCCCAGCUUGCUGCUGGAGGAAAUACUGGCCAACAGCUCUGUCCAGGCGGCCCAGCAGGAGAGACCUGCCUCACCACAGACCAGCCACAUGGAAGAGGAGCGGGGCCUGAGCAACACUGCCAAUGACCAGGCAUUGGAGGCUGCUGGGCCCCCCCAGCCUGAUGAUGCUGAUGGGAGCUGCCUACCAAAGCAAGUGAAGAGGCUGAGCCAGCCAGAGUGCAGGGGGAGCCCAACCGAGAGGCGUCGGCCUUCCCAGGGUCUGCUCCCAGCACAGGACUUCUCCUUUCUGGAGGAUGCAGAAGUUCUCGACAGCACUGUGUCCCGAAGCAAAGCCAACCUGGGUCGCAAGCGAGGGCACCGGGCGCCCGCCAUCCGCCCUGGGGCUACGCUGGGGCUGUCAGAGAUGGAGGGGGACAGCUGGAUGUUCCAGGACUCCACAGAGCCUAGAACAACAUGUAUGGCCUCCUCAGAUGAGGAGGCAGCAGAGGAGCCAAAGAGCAGGCGCGCACGGCCAUCACCAGCCUCUAAGGGGGCGAAGGUGUCUCUGUUCCCAGGCCUGAAUCCAUCGGCCAUCAAGGCCAAACUGAGGGGCCGGAACCGCUUUGCCGAGGAGGGGGCCCAGCCAGGGGAGGGCAAGCCAGCUUCAUCCAAGGAGCUCCACAUGCAGCGCUCCAAGUCCUGCAAGGUCCCUGGCCUGGCUGGGAAGCCCCCUGCACUACCCCCCAAGCCAGAGAAAUCCUCAGGGUCUGAAACCUCCUCGCCCCACUGGCUGCAAGCGCUAAAGCUGAAAAAGAAAAAAUCCUGAAACAGAACAUGCAAGCGUCUUUUGUCUGCUGCUGGGGCUUGGACAGCUCACGCACCAAAGAGGCUCAUGUGGGCAUGGGGAAUGGGACAGCACAACCUUCGCAGCCCCCCUCCCCCCGCCAUCCAUGUGCUGUUGAGAUGCACAGUGAGGGCUGGGGCAGGACAGGCACACCUAUGCACUUUGUAUCACACUUGAGAGCUGCUGGGUCCCUUUGCUGCCUCCCGCAAGCUGGCUGCUUCCUCUCGCUGCCCUUUCCUACCACCGGCCUCUUAUUAUAAAGCAUCUGGUUUUUGUAAUCAGUGAAGCGGCCCAGCCCUGUCCCUUCUGGCCCGCUUUCCCACUGAGUUGGGGCAGGGUGGGACCUGGGGUUGGAGCUUGUACUCUCUUCCUCUCUGCUGCCCUAUUACAUAUUUCACACACAGAGCAAUGAAUUAUGUUGGUGCCACUUGAUGAGACAAUAAAAUCUUUCUGAUAACGGAAGGGGCAGCUGUGGUCUCAGGUGCAUCCCUGGGGUCUCCCAACUUUGUCUCCCCCAUACUUUGCUUGCUUUAUCUUUCAUGUAAUCAGGGAGCAGAGGACAGCGGGCAGGACCCUCUGAAAAGCUGGCUGUAGGGCGAACCAUUCCUUGUUCCCCAUUGUGUCCUGCUCCUUCCUUCCCCCUGCCAAGUCAUUGGGGCCACUUGCUGAGUCAGCGGGGGUGGGCAGGCCUUGCUAGGUAGCUAGUUCAAUUGUAUUGCGUCCCCCUGUGCUCUGUCUCUGAGCUGAGUUGCAGGCAUAUGGCCCUGGGCAGGGAGGUGGGCUGCAGGGAUUGGGGCUCCUGAGUGCGUGAUGCCAGCCUACUGAGGCAUCCUGGCACUCACUGACACUGCCCUGCUCCUGUCUAUUCCUGCAGAGCCCCAAGUUUCCAGUGUCUUGUUUUUCUCCCAUUCUUCCCAGGCAGAAUCUGAGCAUGCAGUGGGACAGACUGAAUGUGGAUAGGGGCAUCCAGCCACUGACAGCUCUGCAUGCAUGCUGUCUUAACUCAAGAGCUUUGCCCUCAUGAGGGACGGGUCUAUCCUGGAAUCCCUUCCCCAGGGAGCUCCUAAGACAUGUCAGUAGAAGAGACUCCAAUGUAGGUGUGGCUCAGCUGUUCAUACCCAACUCCUGUGGUUUUGUGUCACUGUCUUAAGCCCUACACCCAGUAGGAUUAUAUCUGCAGUUUUGAUCCCUGUCCAGCCUACAGUCUCUUAAACUCCACUUCUGGAGUUUGCUGAAGUUGCAAGGCAGAUGAGCUUCACUUAGUGCCUCAGAACGACAUGUGUACAGGAAGUGUUACAGGAACAGGUAGAGCACAUCUACAGGGCUGUUUCUUUCAGUGCCGAAUCUUUGGGACCCCACAACGAGAAGGGUGUAGAACAGUGAUAUUUUACCAGGGUGUUGGAGCACUCUGGGGUUCCAUCAAAUCCUCUGAAGGGUGUCGCAAGGUGUGAGGAGAUAAGCAAGGUAUGAGGAAAUAGGUAAGUGCAGGCUCAAGCUUGUCCUUUCCUGCACAGUCCCCCACAUCUAUUGCCCAGCCCCUCUGUAAGGAGGUCAGCACUAUAAUGUAUACAUUAGUUUUGAAUUGGGUGCCACUACAUUCACAAAAAUUGUGAAGGGUUGCCUCAAGUCCAAAAAAGUAGAGAAUCACUCAUUUAGUACCUGUGUCCUCCACACUGAUCACCACCCAUGGGGAGGUAUGAUUCUUCAGUUCUGCCCAGGGGAUAAAGACAGCUGCUACAGAGGGGGUAGAGGGGGGUGGGGUGGAAGGAAUCCAUCUGGGGUAGUGCUCAGAGGAUUUGGUUCAGUCCCUUGCUUGGCUACAGUUUCUGUCUGCCCUUGAAGUUUCUUAAUGGAUCUGGGUUUCCAUUCCUCAGCAAUGAGAGAGGAUCAGUUUCAGCUGCUUAAGACACAGGAAAGCAGGCAGCCAUUGUAUCAUGCACAUGGAACAAGGACACUUCUUGCAUGCCGAGAAAAGGUGAGAAGCCACAGACCCCAAAUAAUAGUGCUUACAUCAGAACAAGGGCAGGUGAUUACUAAUCCAGGCAAGAACAGUGACCAAUUUCUGAAACUCCACCAGGCUUGUUACAAGAAAUUUUCCACCCAGCCUAGAAGAAUUGAGUAACUUUGUUAUAAGUCUUAUGAUUCCACAAAUAUCAAUACAGCAACGGGUCCAGCCAGCCUUAGGCUUGUAGUCAGAGGAAGUAGUCAAAGCCAUGGGGGAGAUGAACCAGGCAGGGGCUUCCACCUUGAUGACCUAGCUGUAGAAUUCUGCCAAAAGUUCAAGGAAGAACUGGUCUCUUGGCUGUCAAACAUCAAUGGAAGGCCCACUUCAAAGGCACCUGACUUCUGGCUAUGAGGGAAGAUUGUAUUGCUGACAAGGUUGCUCCAAAAUGUAAUGGUCAUCAACCUACCUCUUUAAUCAAUGCUGUUAUAAAAUGCUUUCAAACCCACUGGCUAAGAGGCUUACGAAGGCAAGAAAUAGGAUUCAUAGAUCCAACCUGGUCUGCAGCCCCAUAAACUCCUUGCACAUUGCCUCCAUCUGUAAGACAUCUUCCCCUUCUUGGCAAUCCGCAGUCAGAGAGGCCUAGGUCUGUUGGACAUGGCCCAUGAGGAAAGCAUAGGCUUCCAUGCCUAGUGGGGGACAACCAGCUACAGGUGAAAGGGUUAAUGAUGAGGUCAUACAGUGGUUGACAGCCUUGGUUCUCACAAUCAUGACAAGCCACGACCAGGUUUGAAUUUGCUGUCCACCCGUUCCAGAAAUGUUCCCACCCCAACAGCAGGUCCAAGCAUUACUUGCUCACCUGAGGGGGUGGGGCACAAGCACAAUGUGCAGCAUGUUUCCCUGAUCCUUCACCUGACUCCCAAUAUACUUUCUUGAACUGAAAAAGAACAUUCAGCUUGGGUCAAAGUGAGCCUAUUAAUUUCAUAUUGACAGUUAAUUAGCUUUCUAAAGUUUUGGUUGCAAAGAUUGUUUUCAAAUUCUAAAUCCAAAGCUUUUAAGCUGUUCAGUUAAUUCCGUAAGCUAAGCCUAGCAAGCCUUCUUGCUAUGGUGAGUUGAAAACAAUUCUCUUAAUAAAGACUUUUAAGAUAUCCCAUAGUGUACACCAGGUUAUAAGUGGUAUCAAGGACAAGAUGAAUUUCCUUUGUUCUGAAAUUGUUUCUCAUUUCAAAGCAGAGUUUAGGCUCUGCACUUUAGUCCAGUUUGUCACAGGAGGAGAAACCCGCAGAAUCCCUGGUGCCUGUUCAGAAGUCAGAAUUGAUUUAAUUUGAUGAGAUCUGUGGAAAUCAAGAAAUAAAAUCUGUUUGUGAAUAGGUGCAAGAAGUGAAAUCCAUCUUGAUGGGUGUUAUGACCAUCAUACACCUUUUAAACCCAGCUCUAUAUAAUCAUUCAUGAUGAUUCUGACCCAUAGUUAUGUAUGUUUGGGUUGGUCUGAUUUGUUUAAAGUGAUUUGAUACUUCCCAGAAGUUCCUUGCCAUGGCAUCCAAAUGUAGUAGGACAUUAGCGGCCACAAGGUUGUGGCCAUGUGCUUAAGGCAAAGGAUUUAAAUCUACUGGGAUUUGUGUUUUCUUUCAAACAGUGAUUAAUACAGAUAAAUGUGUGGUGUGCAAAAGUUAGCAUUAUCUUUAUUUUGUCCAUUUAAAUGAAUAAGUUAUAUCUUGUACCAGCAAAAGUUUACCUUCCUCGUUUUUGUCCACAUUUUCUCAAGUCUCUUGUGAAACAAUAUUGCUGUAUUCUUAGCUGCAGAAAAGUAAUUACAAGGUGCCCUUGUAUUGUCUGUUUCCCUUCAGUUUUUCUGUCUCUAGGUGAUUUUUGUGUAGAAAAAGAACCUCUGUUUUCUAUGUUUCUACAUGGGUCUGUUUUCUUUCAUGAGGCACCUUCUGGAGGCACCAAAAGAUACAAUUUCCACUGUUAGUCACAGAAAUUGUAUCAUCAUGUCAUUCCACUGUUUGCUCCCAUUAAUUUUGCCAUAAUGCUUCCCAGGUAUAGACUGGAGAACAAAUAACGUGUUAGCCACUAGAUUUCUUCAAUAAAUCACCAAGCCAAGAACAGGUUAUGCUGGUUUAGACUUGGUUUUGGUAAGUUAUGAGGCUGUAAUUGAAGAGUUGAUCAUAGACAAUAACCUCAGACUGAACGCUCACAAGCUGAUGAGUUUAAACCAGUAAAAGGACAAACAAAAAUAGGUCCAUAACUCAAGUUCUUGAUUUCAAACAUUAAUGAAGUGUCUUAGACCAGAGAGCUCAAGGACUUGAGUGUGCAAAAGUCUUGGAAUUUUUUGAAGUCAAAGAUACAUACCCUAUCUGGAAUUUAUGAACAGAAGGAGGUAACUAGCCAUGUUAGUCUGAAGACAGGCAGAAGGCAUGGCAGGGUGGCACCUUAUAGAUUAACUCAUUCAGAGAGUCAUGUGCUUUUGUAAGCUACAGCCUCUGUCAGAUUUAUAGUAGAGGGUAAGCAGAGAUUCUACAUAGAAUGGAACAAGAGAAUUGAUCACCAAAAAAAAGGUACAGCUUAGGAGUCAGGGGACAGGGUUGAAGUACAAAUGGCCAAAACUCACGCUGAGUUAGACCUUGCAAAGACUAUUAAAACAAAUACACAGCCAAAGAACCUUUUGCUAAGAAAGAAGAGAACAAGGUGAGCUUCUGUACAGUGUGAAUGGAGAAGAGAUUAAAGAUAAUCCACAUAUGACCCAAAACUAAAUGAAUGCUAUACCUCGGUUUUCAAUGUCGCCCAGGGAUAGAAAGACAGGAAUUAAACACAACGUAAAUAGAAAUGGGAUGAAAUGCAGCAUGGGUUUUGCCAGUGGUAGAUCAUGCCAGUCUAACCUGAUGCCUUUAUAUGGUAAGGUAACAUAUUUUCAAGACAAAGGAAAUGCAGUGAUUCUGAUUUGUCUGGAUAUGACACCAUAUAAGAAAUUACUAGUUAAGCAGGAGAAGAUAGCAGUAAUUGCAAGGACUAUAAAGCACUGACUAAAAGAAAUACUACGAUGAAUAGGGGUGAAAAUGAUCAGGCUAGAGGAAAGUUACUGAUGGAGUUCUCCAAAGACUGAUCUUCACAGUGAUCUUUAAUAUUUAUAUUAAUGACCUUGGCACAAAAAGUAGGAAUGUCCUUGUGACACGAGGUUGGAAGGCAUGAUCCAUAUAGAGGAGGAUCAGGAUAUUGCACAGAAAGAACUGUAUGACCUUGAGGACUUGAGUAAUGGACAUAGGGCAAGAUUCAGUGGUAUGAAGUGUAUAGUCAUGCACUUGGAGACUCCUAAGAAUUUCUGCUAAAAACGGAGCUCUUCUAUUGGAAAAGAUGAAGGAGGGGAAAGAUCUGGAGCCACCAGGUUGAAGUGUCUACAGAAAAGGUACAUGUGAUCUAUCAAUCAAGGUAUUUCUAGUAGAGUUAUGGCAUUCUUAAUGCCAUGGGUGAGGCCUCAUUUGCGAUAUCGUAUACCAAUUGGGGGUGAACCUAUCCUAUCCUGUGAGCUGGAUGAGUGGCAUAGGGCCAGUCUGCAGACUAGAUACCAGGGGCAGGGUCCAACCACUGAGCAAACCCGUAUGUCCAUCCAGAGCAAGCUAGUGCAUGAUGGGGCCAUCAUCCCAGUAGGGAAGUGGUGCAGCAUUAAUAGCUGCCUUUCUCAGAUCCCUGGUGCAAUCUGGGAUCCUGCCACUACUCCCUUACUGCCAAAUUUCCAGACUUGUGGCCACAUGACACAACUCCACAGACUAGAUCUAGCCCACGGACCAUAUGUUGAAGACCACUUUGUAUACAAUUCCAGCCACUUGUAUUGCAAGAAGGAUCCAUCCCUAUUGGAACAGGGCCAGAGUAAACUAUCUGGGGGACAGAAACAGUCUUGGGAGAACAGAAAAAAACCACUUUGUGUCGCUCAGCUUAGUGAAACAAAAAUUAUGAGGGGAUAUAUGGGAGCUUUUUGUAAGUUUAUCAUGGCAGUUUUUGGGGGGUAUACUAUCAACCCCCAGACCAGGACAGCAGUAGUGAGGUAGAAAUGCUAAAGGAGAUGAGAAAAUACAGCAGAAAACAGUAAUAAUGGGUGACUUCAACUAUUUACAGAUAGACUGGGUCAUUCUAACAUUAGGCUGGGAUGCAGAGUCCACAUUUCUCGAUGUUAUAAAAAUACUGCUUCCUGGAGCAGUUAUUCCUGGAACUUACAAGAGGAAAGGCCAUUUUUUACCUAGUCUUAAGUAGUGUGUAGGAUUUGGUGUAAUGGGUAAAUGUUAUUGAGCCAUUUUGUACUAGUAACUACAAUACAGUUGGAUUUGACAUCCAUGUAGGAGGGGAGAUGAGAAGAAAAACUACCACAGUAGCCUUGAACAUUAAAAAGGGAGACUAAUAAUAUAAAAAACGAGGAAGCUAGUUAGACAGAGGUUAAAAGGGGUCCCUAGGGAAGUGACUAAUGGUGAAACAGCAUAGGAAUUGCUUAAGAACAUAUUGGGGAGACAGCAAAUGAAAACAAAUUAAAAAAAAAAAAAGGGAAAGCAGACCAAAAGAAAGCCAGCAUGGUUUAAUAGUAGUUGCAGAAGAAAUAAGCAGAAAAAGGCUUUCAAAAAGUGGAAGUUAAAUUCUAAUGAGGAAAAUAAAACAUAUCAUAAACACUGGGAAAUCAAAUGUAAAACUAAAGAGACAAUUUCAGGAGAAACUUUCUAGAGACAUAAAAGAUAACAA